CUCUCUCUCUCUCUUUUUGUGUUUGUGUUUGUGUUUGUGUUUCUCUCUUUACAUGCAAAAUAUGAUGCAGUCUCAAAGUUCAAUGGCUUGGAAAGGCUUCCAUGCAUCCAUUGCUGCACCUCAACAUCAAAAUAUUGUAAAGUAUACCAAAGUUGAGCGCAAUGGGAACAUGGAAAUGUUGAGAAAUGGAUAUUUAUUUACAGAGAUUUUCAAAAAACAAAUGGAGCAUAUGGAGAAGUACCCUGAUGCAAAGAUCAUAAGCCUUGGAAUUGGUGAUACAACUCCUCCUAUGCCAAGGCUUGUAACUACAGCCAUGCAAGAGUAUUCCAAUGCACUCUCCACCAUUGAAGGAUAUAGAGGUUAUGGACUGGAGCAAGGAAACAUGCCGCUACGAAAGGCGAUUGCGGGAAAUAUCUAUAAAAAUAUGGGAUUUAAUGAAUCUGAAGUUUUUAUUUCUGAUGGCGCGCAAGGUGAUAUCGCUCGCAUUCAGUUAAUGUUCGGAUCCAAUAUCUCCAUAGCAGUGCAAGACCCUACCUUUCAGGCAUACGUAGACACAAGCAUGAUAAUGGGGCAAACAAGAAAGCAAGCAGUAGAGUACAUGAGAUGCAGUCCGGAGAAGAGUUUCUUUCCGGAGCUCGCCGGAGUUCCGAGGACCGACGUCAUCUUCUUCUGCUCCCCAAACAACCCAACCGGACACGCAGCCUCUCGUCGCCAGCUCGAAGAUCUAGUCUCCUUCGCCACCAACAAUGGUUCCAUCAUCGUCUAUGACACCGCCUACUCCUUCUUCAUCUCCGAUGACAGCCCCAAGUCCAUCUUUGAGAUCCCUGGCUCAAAACAGGUAGCAAUUGAGAUAUCAUCAUUCUCAAAAUUCGCUGGGUUCACCGGAGUCCGGCUUGGUUGGACCGUCAUCCCAAAAGAACUCCGGUACUCAAAUGGCUACCAAGUUAUCAAAGACUUUGACCGCAUCAUGUGCACAUGCUUCAAUGGUGCAUCAAGCAUUGCUCAAGCAGGAGGACUAGCCUGUCUUACUCCUGAAGGUCUUCAGGGUAUAAGAGGAGUGAUGGAUGUGUACAAGGAGAAUGCAAGGUCACUAGUGGAGACUUUUAGUUCAAUUGGUUUGAAGGUUUAUGGAGGAGUGAACUCACCAUAUGCAUGGGUGCAUUUCCCUGGAUGUAAAUCAUGGGAUGUAUUCAAUGAAAUCCUUGAGAAAACACAUGUGCUCACUAUCCCUGGUUGUGAAUUUGGUCCAAGUGGUGAAGGCUUCAUUAGAGUUAGUUCAUUUGGGAAGAGGGACCAAAUUCUAGAAGCAUGUAAAAGACUCAAGCGCUUGUUUGCAUGAACUACCCCUCUUUCCUUUUAUUUCAAUUUAUUUUUUGCCUUUUCAGAUCUCAUUUUAGUCAAAUAUGUUGAAAUAGGAUUUUAUGCGUCUUUGGACAUAAAAUAAUAUUUUACAAAAAUAAAUAAAUUGACUCAUGUGAGAUUGAUUGUUUGA